CGCUAUGCUGAGGUGUACUUGAGGAAAUUCUAUCAUAUGCCACUGAGUGGGGGACCUCGAAGCCCAAGAGGUUUGAAGAGCCUGGAUAUGAAUUUAAGGAAGAUGCAGAAUUUUUUUGGCCUGAAGGAGACCGGGCAACUCACCCCUGAGACCCUCCUGGUCAUGAAGGAACCUCGGUGUGGGGUGCCCGACGUGGAGAACUACAGCUUUUAUCCUGGUCAACCUAAGUGGAGGAAUCAUACAGUCACAUACAAGAUUGCAAAAUACACCACCAAUCUACGUAAGGAAGAAGUGGAGCAAUCAGUACAUGUGGCCUUGAAAAUGUGGAGUGAUGCAGCAGACCUGAACUUCAUCAAAGUGGACCAUGACAAAGCAAACAUAGUCAUCUCAUUUGCAUCCAAAGUUCAUGGAGACUUCUUCCCCUUCGAUGGCCCCAAAGGUGUGCUGGCUCAUGCCUUUGAGCCUGGAGAGGGCAUGGGUGGAGACGUCCAUUUUGAUGAUGAUGAAAUUUGGACUAUGGGCCACAGUAAAACAGGCUUCAAUCUGGUCACUGUGGCUGCCCAUGAGCUCGGUCACUCACUCGGCCUUUCACACUCGAGAGACCCCUCUGCCCUCAUGUAUCCUAAAUAUCAAAAGCUUUCUUUAAGCAGCCCCCGACUGCCACGAGAUGACACACUUGCUGUUCAGACACUCUAUGGAAAGCACAUCAAGAAACUGGUAACACCAGCCAUCCCUAAGAUGUGCCAUCCCAAUCUUUCUUUUGAUGCUGUGGCUAUGCUUGGGAAUGACACUCUUUUCUUCAAGGGCAGUUACAUGUGGCUGAGGACAAUAUGGAUGAGGCAAUGGAGAAGAGUGAUCAGAGAGGGCUUCAUAAGAACAUUCCUGCCCAGUGUUCCAUCCUCAGUGGACGCUGCUUAUAACAUCCCAGACACUGGGGUCACCAUCAUCUUCACAGGUCUUAAAUACUGGAUGGUUCAAAAGCUGAAGAUGAAAAGUCAUGGUGGCUCAAUCUAUGAUUAUGGAUUCCCUACAACAGUGAAGAAAAUAGAUGCUGCUGUUCAUUUGACAAAAUAUAAGAAAACAUAUUUCUUUACAGGAACUGUUUAUUACAGAUAUGAUGAAGCUCGGGGUACAAUGGAUUCUGGAUUUCCCCGAAACAUACAGCAUGGUUGGCCAGGUAUUGGGGAUAAAGUGGAUGCAGCCAUUCACCUGAACUCGCCCACCUGGGCACCAACUGUCAACAGCGAACUACAGGAUCUGGCGAAAGGCUAUCUGGAGCGCUUCUUCUCAGAUGUCGGGACUUCGAAUGGAACUAUCAUGAAGAGUAUGAUAGAAAAUGUUUCUUUCAAAGACAACCUGGAGGCGAUGCAGUCUUUCUUUGGCCUGGAAGUGACAGGCUCACUGGAUAAGAAUACCAUUGAGGUGAUGAAGGCGCCCAGAUGUGGUGUCUCUGAUAUCAGCAGAUACGGACACUUUGAAGGACGCCCAAAGUGGGAGAAGAAACUAAUUACCUACAGGAUAACUCUUUACACCCGUGAUCUGAGUCAGAGAGAGGUGGACUACACCAUUGCUCAGGCCUUCAAACUGUACAGUGAUAUCAUUCCUCUGGACUUCAAACAGAUCACCAGUGGCACUGCUGACAUGAUGAUCCUCUUUAAAGGCGGAUAUCAUGGUGACUUUUGGCCUUUUGAUGGUAGUGGAGGUGUCCUGGCUCACGCCAAUUCUCCUGGUCAGGGUGAAGGUGGCGACACCCAUUUUGAUGAUGAUGAGAGCUGGACUCUGACCUCUCGAGGAGUGAACCUGCUUUUGGUGGCAGCUCAUGAGUUUGGUCAUGCUCUGGGACUUGACCACUCUAGGGACUCAAGUGCCCUCAUGUACCCCACCUACCAAUAUGUCAACACUAAUGGAUACAAGCUGCCUGAUGAUGACCGGCGAGGAGUUCAGAGUUUGUAUGACCCUAAACCCCGUCCUCCUACACCAAAGCCAAAGCCCGAGCCUGAGCCUGAACCAGAGCCAGAGCCAGAGCCAGAGCCAGGGCCCAACCCCAAAGAUGAGCAGUGCAGCCGCAGUCUAGUGUUUGAUGCUGCCACCGCCAUCAAUGGCGAUCUCUAUUUUUUCAAGAAUGGAUAUUAUUGGAGGAAAAGUACAAUGUUCAGAGGAAUUCCAUUAGUCAAAGUGCAAACAACAUGGCCACAGAUCACUUAUGUGGAUGCAGCUUAUGAAAUUCCCUCAAAAGGAGUAUACCUCUUCCAAGGCAACCAAUUCUGGGGAAUAAACCCGCGAGACAGAAGCAUGUUGCCAGGUUAUCCAAAAACAUUAAGCAGUUUGGGCUUUGCCUCAAGUGUGGACAAGAUAGAUGCUGCACUGUACGAGCCCCUCACCAAGACCGUUUUCUUUUAUAAAGGAUCACAGUAUUGGAGCUAUAAUCCCAGAAGAGAACAAAUGUACACAGGAUACCCAAGGCCUUUAUCUGUGGGCUUCCCUGGAAUUGGUAACAGAGUGGACGCAGCUUUUGAGAAUUACGGUUACCUUUACUUCUCCAAUGGCGCGAGGCAAGUGGAGUACAACUACUACUACCUGAAAGUGCAGCGCACCCUCCUCAACUAUGGAUGGCUCAACUGCUACUAGUAGUUGGCUCAUAAAACAUCCAACAGCUUGUAAAUACCUAUGCACUGACUGAUAUAUACUGUACUUUCUUGUCACAUAACCAGUUAGCUCUACAAAUGUGAUUGUGUGGUUUCUGUGAAGCAAUCCGAAGUAGAUGCAGUCUAUCCUGUCUAAGAGAAAUGUUUGAAAACACAAGGCAAGAAGAAACCAGAAUUUCUCAAUUCCUGUAAAUAAUACCAGAUAGCCUUGAUUACUAACCCACUUCAACCCUAACAGUCAUAACACUGACCUCCAAGAAGCUCAUGUACUGGAAAGAGACAUGUCUUGUCUGUGCUGUAAGAAUGUCUGCCAAAUAAACAGUACAGCCUU